AUGAUAGACAAGUUUGCCGAGCGUGGACUUCGAUCAUUAGGUGUUGCUUAUCAGGAAGUACCUGAAAAAACAAAAGAGAGUCCUGGUGCACCAUGGCAAUUUGUUGGUUUGUUGCCACUAUUUGAUCCUCCUAGACAUGAUAGUGCUGUCACAAUUCGACAGGCUCUUAAUCUUGGUGUGAAUGUUAAUAUGAUCACAGGGGACCAGCUUGCUAUUGGAAAGGAAACUGGUAGAAGGCUUGGAAUGGGAACAAACAUGUAUCCAUCAUCUGCAUUGCUUGGUCAUGACAAAGAUGCUUCUACUUCGGAUAUUCCUAUUGACAAGUUGAUUGAAAAGGCCGAUGGAUUUGCAGGAGUGUUUCCAGAACACAAAUAUGAAAUCGUCAAGAGGCUGCAAGAUAUAAAGCAUAUAUGCGGAAUGACAGGAGAUGGCAUAAACGAUGCUCCUGCGUUAAAGAGAGCCGAUAUCGGAAUUGCUGUCGUUGAUGCUACAGAUGCCGCUAGAAGUGCUUUUGAUAUUGUCCUUACUGAACCUGGUUGGAGUGUCAUUAUCAGUGUUGUGCUCACCAGCAGGGCCAUUUUCCAAAGAAUGAAAAAUUAUACUAUUUAUGUUGUGUCAAUCGCCACCCGUAUUGUGUUCGGUUUCAUGUUGAUUGCUUUGAUUUAG